AUGGAUUCUUCAGCUACCGUUAGUACUUCUCCCUCAGAUGUUCCCGUUGUCACAACUUCAGAUUCUUCAACUACCAAGAGUUCUUCUCCCCCAGAUGUUACCUCCGAUUCUUCCGCUGUCACUACUUCAGAUGUUACAACUGAUGCUCCCGCUGCCACAACAUCAGAUGUUACAACUGAUGCUCCCGCUGUCACGACAUCAGAAUCUACAACUGCUCACCAAGAUCCAGAUGUUACAACGGAUAGCCAAGUUGUCCCAACUACAGAUGGCACAGAAGUAAUCACCCUGAACUGCACGGCCACUCAAAUGAUUGUAAACAUCCCAGUUUCAUUACUAGAGCCUGGGGUGGUUAAAGCAAAAGACAUUUGCUUUCAGAACGCCACUGACAUGACUGAUGACUGCUGUGGGUUGAGGGCUGACGAUUCGGAAAUUAUAAAACUGGAAACUGAUCUUACUGGAUGCGGAACAACAAUGGAGGAACUCAAUGCCACCGAGCUGUACAGCAACAAGAUCACGACCAAAGAAAGCGAGCUUAUUAGCCGCCAAUAUGCCGUCGAUAUCACUAUUGAUUGCUCAUACGGCAGGAAUCAACAAGUCGGAAAUAUAAAAUACCAACUUAAUGACUACAACGUCAACAAGGAUCUUAACGAAGGUGGAGAGUAUGACUUUUCCUUCGAUAUCUAUGAAGACGAAGAGUACACAGAAGCCGUUGACUAUCCAGUUAAAAUCGGUCUCAACGAGGAUUUGUACUUUGCAGCAUCUGUUGACUCCCUGGGCCAAUCACUUGAUCUUUCGAUUCAGUCCUGUAGGGCCACGCCAACGUCGAACUACGACUCUGGUAAUAAAUACGAAUUCAUCAAGGACGGGUAA